AUGCUAUAGCUAGUCUUCGUCCGUGAUCCCUGCGGAUCCCUUCGUCACUUCCCUCUGUUAGAGCGAAGGUGCAUCCACCAUGCCCAAGAUCAAAGCGCGGAAAUCCUCUCGACCCAGUCCAAUCCUGUCGGCUAGGUUGGUAAGGCGAAGCACGAACGGCGCCCAAGGUGCUGACCCUGUCGGCGGCGGCGGCGGCGGCGAAUGGCGUUCCGAGCUCCGGCCCGCGGCGCGCGGUAGGGUCGUCAAUAAAAUAACGGAGACUUUGAGGAGGUAUCUGCCAGUGCCAGAGGAAGGGGGGCUCUCUCUGGUUGAGAUUCAAAAUAUGGCUGUGCGAUUUGAAGAGAGGAUGUAUACUGCAGCAACCAGCCAGUAUGAUUAUAUGAGGAAGAUUGCUCUGAAAAUGCUGUCCUUUGAGAUACUACAUAACCGUAAUAAUGCUCAAGCGGUUCCAAAUCAGAAUCCCCCCAGCCCAGGGAACGGGGAGGGAGAAACAGCUGCUUGAUGGAGGUACCGUGUUAAGGGAGCUUGUACUGUCACUGUGGAAUGCAUAAUUUGUACUUUGUGGUCUAAGUUGAUUGCAUUUGCAUCCUCACUGUCUAUUUAUGGUCGCCAUGUCUUUUAGAGGAGAACUGUCGUUAUUGCUAAUUCAAUGGAUUCUCAUAAUCCAAAUGUUUAUUCAAUGGUAUGUGAAGUGAUGUACUGUAUUUUACCAUAGUAGUUUCCAUGUAACUUAGCUUUAUAUACGCACAAAGGAACAAAUAUUUGGUUUCAUAUCAGUUACUUGGUUCA